AAUAUUCUCCUGGGUCACGUACACGCAUGAAUAGAAAAUAAGUCGAUUGACUUGUGAUUAUACAUCCGCACAUUCCACAAGGUUGUAUUAAAAAGUAUGAACAUGAGUCCACAAGACCCAAAUUUGAAGCUCGGUUCUGUUCAAGGGUCUUAUGUUGACAGACCCAAUGCCAUUUCCAAAUUUUGAGGUACCGCAUCUUCGUGAAACUCAAAUGUGUUUGAAACGAUGUCUGCUUCAGUUGGAAUUUUCUAGACUUAAAAUCGAUCCUAGAACCACAAAAAUAAAACAUCUAGUUCAGAGGUCACUUUCUAAAGCUUCAGGAGCCUCUCAAGAGGUGUCUUUCGCUUUGGGGCCCUUCACAGAGACCGGCAUGCUCCACAAGAGGUGAUACACUAUUGCAGAAAAAGUAUUAUUAAACCCGUGCACCCACACUGCAAGUAUUCGCAAGACUCAGUCACCAUUUAAUCUCGCCUUUAUGCUAUCUGAAAAAGAAGUCGGUAUGGCUAUUAUGAAAUUUAUAUACGCAGCAGUACUUGCAGCAUCAGUAGCUUCAGCGUUUGACUGUUCUGUCAAAGAAUUAUCGCAGUACAACUUCCAGUCCAUAAGGGGCGAAUACUCAGACACAAUUACGAAAAGUACACCACCAUCAAAAAGUGUGUUCACAUGGAGCAUUGGAGUCUGUCAAAAUAUUGAAAAACAUGCGGAUUGCCCCAAAAAUUCAGAUGUUUGUGGCACCACUAGGAUCCAAGUUGAGGAUAAGGAUGUGUUAUCUGAAGUGAUAGGCUUCAACUCCAAUCUACAAAAAGAAUACAUUCCCUUUGGAAGUGACAGCAACGAUCAGGAAUCGGGUGUCAACAUUACGUACAGAGGCGUGAACUGGGGCGAUCUGUUGGUGGACGGGACAAUCAAAUUCGUAUGUACCACUAAGGGUGAUACUGACGAGAACAAACUUAAACUUAUCGGCUGGAACGGCGCUUUGUUUGAAGGCGAGUUCCGCUCUCCAGCUGCAUGCAUAAAUUCCAACAAGGGUAACAAACUGCCACCAAAAGAAAACAAAGGAAAUGAUAAUGGAGAAUCGUGGGGUUGGUUUACGUGGCUUUUUAUCUUCAUGGUGUUGUUUUUGAGCAUCUACAUAAUUGGCGGUGCUUGGUUCCAAUACAACAAAGGAAACUCAAUUGAUUUUCAGUCAGCUUUAAAGGAGGUGUUGGAAAACUUUGUCGAUCUUUUGAGAGGAUUGCCUGCUUUCGUCAAGGAGGUUGUGGAGAAGGUCACAGGCAACUCGAACAGGGGUGAAUAUAGUGCGGUUUGAAAAGCUCUUGCCUGAUAGAGAAUUUUGCACUUUUGCACCCAAAAGAAUCUGAUUACAAGGAGAGCGAUCAAUCUUUUGUUAAUUUAUUAAUGAGACAUUCGAAGUACCUGCUCGUAUGCGCGACAGUUUCAGGUGAACCAUGUCUAGUAAAAGUCGGCGAUAGUAGUCAACAACACUUUAUAACCUUUGAUUGCAAAUACUGUAAAAAUUUAACAACAGAGGCAGUACUGACUAUAUGACGUGUUUCAGUUGCCAUAAAUAUUUUUAUUGUCAUGAAAUGAUGUACCUGUC